AUGUUAGCAUCCAAAUGGAAUGAAUUGUAUGAAAGAGUGGUGAAAGAGAAAUUGGAUAGAAGGAUUGCAGCAUGGAACAGAAUGGAUUCAGAGAAUGUUGUAAAAGGAUUUUCCACUCUGUCUGAGGAGAAAUUAACAAACACAAACACAGCUGGGGUUUAUAAGCUCAAACUAGGUAGAAGCUACACUUGUGAAAAUUUGGAUGAGGAUGGCGACAACAUAAUUAUGUUAAAUUUUGGAAUACAGAAGAGAUUGAGGACUCAGUUAGUGAAGCAGGCUGUCCUGGAGAAAACAGUAGAAAUACACAAUUGGAGCGGUGAAUCUGUCUGGGAUCUUCCCAGUGACAUAGAUGAUUCUUCCACCUGCAAAAGUCUUCCUUCAUCUGCAUCCAAGAAGGUAUCUUCUUCGUCCAGUACACAGUCUACCAGAGCCCCAUCUCCUCUUCGUUCUCAAGAAAAGAAGGAUGUCCAAAAGAAGCCAGGAAAUACAUCCUCUCAGAAGUCUUCUGAUUCGAGGUCGCGGGGUAGGGGUCGAGGCGGAGUAACACCAGCUGCGCGUAGUCCUGGAGAUCGACGACUCUCCUCGCACAACAGAUUUUCAACACUUAUCGACGAAACUGAAAUGGAAACCGAAAGUGUUCCGCCACCCGAAAGAUCACGAUCUCAGGAACUUAAAACAUCUCUGUCAAAAGCCCAUGAUACAGCUUGUGGGCCUGAUAAUAUUCACUACCAACUCUUAAAACACUUUCCAGAUUCCUCGCUAGAAGCUCUCUUGCAGCUCAUGAAUAACAUCUGGGAAUCUGGUGAUUUACCAUCAAUCUGGAAGCUUGCAACCGUCGUGCCUAUUCCAAAACCAAGUAAAGAUCAUACGGAUCCUAUUAAUUAUCGACCAAUUGCUCUUACCAGUUGUGUCUGUAAAACACUCGAACGGAUGGUCAAUGAUCGCCUUGUUUGGUUCCUGGAAUCCAAUGGGCUAUUAGCCAAUAUCCAGUGUGGAUUCCGACAGGGCCGCAGUACUCUUGAUCAUCUUGUUCGAUUCGAAUCAUUUGUCCGUAAUGGUUUUGCGAAAAAUGAACAUGUGGUGUCGGUCUUUUUCGACCUUGAGAAGGCCUAUGAUACUGCAUGGAAAAAUGGUAUUUUAAAAGAUUUAUUUGAUAUGGGGUUGAAAGGCAAUAUGCCUAAUUUUAUUUCUAAUUUUCUCUCUAACAGACAAUUUAAUGUUAGAGUUAAUUCGACCAUGUCUGAUCUGUAUGAUCAAGAGAUGGGUGUCCCUCAGGGCAGUAUUUUAUCUGUUACAUUAUUUAGUCUUACAAUCAACAGCCUUGUUGAAGUUUUAAAAAGUGUAGGAAUGAGUAUGACCUUAUUAGCCAUACCCGUGGGUAUGGGAAAGAGGGACCCUGCCACAGGACUAAAGGUUGUACGAAAGAUGGAGGAUGAGAUGACAAAAAAACACAGGGAAACGGACAAAGAAGAGAGUUCGAGAGUCAUGCCAGAAGUGAAAGUUUUGCAUCUCCCAACUUCAUCUGAUAGUGCUCUGUUACACCACGAAGCCCAAAGUAAACAGUAUUACAAUACCAAACUGUAUGGAGUAAUGCAAUUGGAUUUGAUAAGCCCAGCUGUCCACUGCUAA